CACCAGUCUGCCACCAUCCAAGCCAACAGACGCCAACAACUUCUCGCCCCGGCCGGCGCUCGCCCGUUUUUAUAAGGAAAUCGGCUUCACGUGGCGUGACGCCACCCGCCAGCCAGUCCAUCGGCCCAGUGCCGCUCACUUGCUGCUGCCGCUCACUUGCUGCUGCCGCUCGCGCGCGCGCCGCGCCGACCGCUCCGCUCCGCCGGAGCGGGAAUGGACUGGUACGCGUGGCUCUGCAGGGCGGGGCUGCACCCGGACGUGGCGUUCGAGUACGCGCUGGUGUUCGCGCGCAACGAGCUCGGCGCCGCCGACGUGCGCCACAUGGACCACGAGUUCCUCCUCAGCAUGGGCGUCGCCGUCGCCAAGCACCGCCUCGAGAUCCUCAAGCUCGCCAGGAAGGAUCCCUCGUCGUCCUCCUCCUCCCACGGCGGCAGGGCCGCCGUGGCCGCCGCCGGCGCCAUCACCGCGCUGCCGUGGCGCGCCACCAGGCUGCUCGCCGCGGCCGUGCACCGGUCCGCGCGCUCGGCGCUCGGCCGCCUCCGCGCCUCCGUGUCGUCCCGCGCCCGGGACCGGGACCGCGCGGCGGCCGUCCCCGUCCCCGUCCCCGUCCUCGCCACGCCGCGCCUGCCACCUCUGCUGCGGCACCAUCGCGGCGGGAAGGUCGUCGCGCACAGCAGCUGGACCAAGAUCGCGUCGCCCGUGGCGGUCCGUGGCGGCGGCAAGCUGCCGCUGCCGGCGCUGCCGAUGAUGCCGACGCACGUCGUCAGCAGGCCCAUCCUGCUCACCAACAGCCGCGCCGAUAAGUGGCGGAGCAACGGCAACGGCGCGGCGGGCAGGACGCUGCCCGCGCCCGCUGGGUCCAUAGCCGCCUGCCUCAUGAGCACGGACGUCUGCAGCUGCGACGAGGACGACGGCAGCGGCAGCGGCAGCGACGUGGAGGUGGUGGUGGUGGACGUCGGCGAGGAGAUGCGGUGGGAGUCCAUGUUCCAGGAUCUCAAGCCCACUUAGCCGAGACGCGCUCGCCAUCCAGCCGUGUACGUACAGCGAGCGAAGACAACGUGCAUGAUGGGCAGUUGGCCACUGGUCAGUGGUCACUUACCUGCUGCCUGUUACUGUUAUUGCUACUGUCUGUGUAAAUGAGUGUGAAAAAUAAUGCCAUGUGUCAUUCUCUGAAAAUUUGAGCUUGGAAUUAAUCGAUCCAUGUUCACGCA